AAGUGAAAAAAAGUCAGUGUCAGGUCAGUGUAUCAAAUCAAAGUCCUUUCUUGUUUUUAUUUUACCUACACAAUUGAUUAAUAUUAAAAACGAUAUUUAUCCACUAAAUCUAUGCUGUUGCUUCAGCUGAUUAGUUAAUCUAGACAUAAUUAUUUAAAAUGGCGACGCCGGCGGACGUGCGAGCGCUUUUCGAAGCUAAAUUACAGGAAGGAGUACCGAACCCACCGGGUGAAUUUAACCCCGUCGAUUUGGAAAGAGUUAAAAAUGACAGAUACAUGAAGAGGUUGCUGGCGCACAAUGGGAAACAACCGCAAGCGGCCGCAGAUAUGCUGUGGGACAUUUUGGUAUGGAGAAAAACCGUGGGCGCCAGCGAUAUUACCGAAAAUUCUAUACGUAUGGACUACAUUAAGGAUGGGACAUUUUACCCUAGAGGUAGAGAUAUCGACGGCUCCCUUCUAUUCGUUCUAAAGGCGAAACUUCACGUUAAAGGCCAGAAGGAUUUGGAAGAGUUGAAGAAGAUUAUAAUAUAUUGGUGCGACAGGAUCGAGAGAGAGGAGAACGGGAAGCCGAUUACACUCUUUUUCGAUAUGGACGGCUGUGGGCUUAGCAACAUGGACAUGGAGUUGAUUAAAUACUUAAUAAAUAUGUUUAAAUACUAUUAUCCAGCGUUUUUGAAUUCAAUAGUCAUAUAUCAGAUGCCGUGGGUCCUGUCUGCUGCUUUCAAGGUCGUGAAGUCACUGUUACCAGCGAAGGCGGUGGAACGCAUGAAGUUUAUAUCAAAGGACACUUUGAAAGAUGUGGUACCACCUGAACUGGCUGAGGCUAUGAGCAGUAAGGAGGAAUUUAAGUAUGAGUUUGUACCAGAGAGUAGAAGUAAUUCGGAACAAACGCCGAAGAAAGUGACUUUUGCUGAGCAAGGACAGGACAACCAGACUGCUAGUCAGCAUUCACCCGGUGAGAUGUUGAGGUUAAAUCCAAGUGAAACAAUAAUAUUCAAGCAUGAUAAUGAUGAUGUCUCCGGUCAAUUCACUAUAACGAAUAUGGAUGCGAGCGCUAUAUCAUUCAAAAUUCGUACAACGUCACCCGAGAAGUUCCGUGUUCGUCCAAGCUCAGGUGUGUUACCGAGUGGUUCGUCACAAGUUGUGCUAAUUGUAGUCCAACCGGGAUUCCAGUUACGUACCGUCUUAAAGGAUCGGUUUCUAGUUAUGUCCGUGCAGAUUCCUAAAACGGAUUUGCUACCGAACGAGUUAGCUGACAUAUGGCAGAAUUCGAUGGGCAGCAAAGUUGAUGAGUAUCGUUUGAAAUGUCAUUUCCCAGAGAAAGAGAGGAACGGAACCAUAUCGGACGGUAAGUCUCAGGAUAAGCACGAUUCAGUUACUAACGCAUUAAAUAAUUUGCAAUCCAAAUACGAAUUGUUGCACAGAGAUGUGAGAAAGUUGAAGAUCUUCCAAUUCUUUACCUUGUUCUUGACAGCUGUCUCUGUCGUGCUAGGUUACUUGGUGUAUUUACAUACAAGCACAAACGAGAGGUACUGUGAACGUAUGUAGCCCUUGAAUUUCGUGGUUAUGAACACCACAUUGGAAGCGGACACGCUACUAAACACUCUGUUGCUUAUCGUGCUAAUGAUUAAUACUGUUAUGUUUGUUAUAUACUGCCAUUUGGUACGUAAAGUUGAAAUUUUGCAUGCCAUCAAGUAAAAUGCAUUUUAUAUGAGCGUUAUAGAGAUGAUUUUUAUUAUAAUUUUUUUUUUAAUAUCUUGGUGUCACAGUUGCUUAUUUCUUUACUUCAUAAGUGUGAGAUCAAGAAAUAAGGACAGAAGUUCCAUAAUAUACACAUCACAUUUAGAUAUACUAUAGUUAUAAAAAAUAAUUAGAAAAAAAGAAAGUUUUUUUUUAUAACAGGAUUUCUAAAGCAAACAUAAAUAAAAGGACAAUAGAUUUUUUUUUUAAGUAAUUGUAUACGUAAGUUAAAAUACAAAAAAAAAAUCUAAGCUGUGUAAAUAUAUUCUAUUUAACUGUCUAAAAUACCAUUAAUUAUUUUUUUUUAUUAUCGGCCUUUUAAUAUAGAAGUAUGCCAGUAUAAAAAUCUCUUUUAUUUAUUUUUUCUAUUUCUUAAAUCCUCUUAAAAAAAAAAAAAACUUUUUUUUUUCUUUUAAGUCUCACAUAGUCAUAGUGCAAUAAGAAAAUGUAGAUAUAUUAUACAUUCAGUCAGCUAUUUCACUGUGAAAUGACCAUUUAUGUUAAAUGCAAGAUUCCUAUUUAUUUUUAUAGCUGUCAUCCCUAUAUUGGGUAUUCAACUUUAACACUAUAUUGUUAUGGUUUAUUGUAUAUACAGCACAAACACGACAAUACCACUUCUUUUGAACAAAUACUGGCCACGGUCAAAGUAUAUAGUUGUUUUCCAUGACCCUGAUAAAUGUAACUACCUACUUUGUUUACCUAUGUCACCGAUUCUCAAUGUUUUCGCGCCAAAAGUCACGGGUCGAUUGUCAAGCUCCAUUUCUCUUAAUUAAUAUUUUAUUAUCUAAUAUUUAGCGAAAUUACAGUUUUGAAGAUUUAAUUUUGACUUAAAUGUAUCAGAAAAUUAGUUCAUAUUGAUUUUUACCAUAAUGCUUUUGGUUUUAUAUCAAAUAUUAAUUUUUGAAAUAGAUUUAGUAAAUGGCGCUUAAGAAUUGUCCGCCAUGUCCCUUUUGAAGCGUUCACUGUCAAAAUAACUUUUGGCGACAAAAUAUUCACUUUUCACAAAUGUCUUUAUCGAAUUAUUUCUAGUAAUUACGACUAUUAUUUAUUAGUUUUUUUUUCUUUUCAAUUUGGCGCCACUUUCAAAUUAAGUUUUUUUUUUCUCAAAUAGAAAUCGGUCGCCGUAUUUACGACCAUUGCUGCCAGUAUAAUGUAGGUAUUAGAGACUCAUAUCGAAAGUUAUUAUUUUUUCUAAAAUCAUAACAAUUACGCAUUAUCCUAAUUACUAUCUUCGAAUUAUGUUAUUUUGUACGGGAACAUUAUUCUAUACAUUUUUUUUUUAAAUAUGGUUUAGGUACAACAUUAUUAAUAAGUUACCAUUAAUAUAAACAGGCGUAAUUAUAAAAAAAUCCUAGUAUGCUUUUUUUUUAAUUAAUUGUGUAAUUUAAAAAUAUAACAGACCAAAAAGUAGUUAUAUGCAUUAAUGUCAACUAAUUUAUAUAUAUAAAAAAAAAAAAACUUUUUAUUUCACUAUUGUAAAAUUUACCCAAAUAUAGGAAAAUAGAUUAUUAUCUAUUUAUCUAUUAAUCUCUUCGAAGCUUCAAUAUAAUGAAAAAACAAAAAAAAAGGAAUUUAUUUUUGUUUAUUUCUCAUGAAUUUGAAUACAUAUUAUAUAUAUAUAUAUCUAUUUUUCAUGUUUCUUUAAACAUGUAUUAGUGUAAUUUGUAUGGAAAACGCAAUUGCGCCUCUGGCGGAUGGUUUCGGAAACUCAUUCUAUCAUUGGUAUACCUAUUUAAAAUUAUUUUGGGGUUCUUUUAUAUAAGAUUUUCUAUUGGAUGGUUCCAAGCAAAGGCUCAUUGUACUCCCAAAUUUUUAAAGAUAGUUUGAAGUAACAUUUCUAAUUUGGCUAGUAUAAUAGAAUAGCAUAAUAAGACAUUAUGUAUUUACUUGAAGUGACAGAUAACACGUGACCUUGUCCUGUAUGAAUUAUAACCCACAUAAUCGCAAUGGUUUGGCUAGUAUAUGUGUGUGUGUUUUUUUAACAUAUCUGUAUAUUACAAGAGAAUAAAAACAAAAAUUAUAAUAAAUUAUUGCUAUAUUAGUAUAAAAUAAAAAUACUUGCCAAUUUAGAAAUUUUGCCUCAAAUUAUCUUUAAUUACAAACAACAAAACAUCAACAAAAAUCACAAGUCUCGAUACUAGCGCCAUCUAUUUCGUGCCUAAUUUUGUUUAGUCAUCUUAGUUCUUGAUUUUUUCACGAUGAUUGAUGAUUUUUUUUAGCACGUUGUAGAUUAUAAUGACGUAAACCCAAUAAAUACAAUGACGUAGUUAAGAUUAAUGUAAAUUGAAUUUGUAAAUAACUUAUAAAUUGUUUAAUUUACGCGUAAGAUUAUCGUCCGUUUGGAUUUCAUAGGAAUUGUUUUUUUUUAAUGUCCGCUACUGGGAUCGUUACAAAGUGCAGCUUUUUAAUUUCGGUAUCUGUUAUGUAUUGAAAUAACUUAUAGUAAUGUACUCUAAUGUCUAUUAAUAUUAUAAAUGCGAAAGUUCGUAAGGAUGGCCAUAAAGAUGGUCCUUUGGUACUCUUUUACUUAAAAAAAAAUUUAAACGAAUUUGAAUGAAAUUUGGUACAGGGGUAGAUUGUAUCCUAACUUAGCAUGCAGCGGCGUGAUACAGAUAGUUCAUUUGUAUUUCAACUGUGAAGCAGUUGUGUUUGCAUGGCUAUGUUUCGGUUUGAAGGGUUUCUUUUUCUAUGGAUGAUAAUGGAAGGGCAACCCCGCCUGCGCUAGCGGUAUACGCUGGCGGGGUGAUACGAGUGAGGGGUGAUAAGUGAGGAUAAAGGGGCCAGGUCAGUUAGCCCAUCAUGAUGAAUACACCUGGAAUUCAACACGAUAGUUUUCAGGGGGAACAACGUGGAGGUCGACCUGAUAGGGUAUAUUGCUAAUGGGGGGGGGGGGGAGGUAUUGUUAGCAAUGGGACUGAUAGUCCACAUUACUAACAAUUGAUUGAUUUUUUUCUUUCUUCUACAAUAAAUCUUGUACAUAGCAUAUAUUGUCAUAAACCUAAUAGUAAUUAAAAAAUAUUGAGCAUAUUUUCUUCUCUCUAAUUGCAUUGGGUUGGCUGGAAGAGAUCUCUUUCAGAGGUAACCCCACCCUUGCUAACAAGUUGUUAAACUGAUCGCUGUAUCUUUUGUUCAAGUGCAAUAAAGAAUAUAAAAUAUAUGUAACUUAAAUGUAUUUUGAUCAUUGUUUAUUAAUCAAAUCUACGAUUAAGUUAUCAUUUUAUAAAUUAACCUCGUUCCCAAUUCCUUUUCACCGUCAUUAUAACUAUUAUGAAGUAGUAAUCAAAUACUUAAAUAAAUUUCCCAAAACAUAUAAUGUAAAUAAUAAAUUUUGGCCAUUUUGUCUCAAAUUAAGCAAAGCUUGUACUAUGAGUACUAGACAAUUGAUAGAAAAUAUUUCUUUUUGCUCGUGCGGUAUAGAUUGCGCUACCUCUUCCUUUCUCGAGAGUGUCGUAAGAGGCGACUAAGGGAACUUAACGAUCGAGGAAUAGGUAAUAGCGUCUUUUUUAAAAUAUCUCUAAAAGCCUAACUGCGGUUGCCAACCCAUCAACUGUCUAUUGCUGAAUAUAAGCCUUUCUAUAAGGGAGAUAUUGGCGUUACCAUGCUUGACAGGCGGAUUGGCAACCGUAGUUAGGCUAUGGUGAGGUUUUAAGAGAAACGUUACUACUCAUCCCUCGAUCAUUAAGUUCCCUAAGUCGCCUCUUACAACACCUACGAGAAAGGAAGGGGUGGUCCAUUCUAUGCCCGGACUAUACGCCACAUAAAUGUAAUAAAUAAUUUUGCUAAGUUUCAAAGAUGUAGUAGAUCUUUCUAAACUGAUAGCUAUUUUUAAUGUACUUAUAUCGUUUAAAGAUAAAUUAUUCAACGUUAAUAUAAUCCAAUUUUUGGUUUGAAGAUACAAGAUAUCCUGUUUACUUACUUAUUUAAUCAACAAUCGCAUUCACUGCGAUAACAUUUUAUCGUAUACAAAUAGUUCAGGGCCUUUACGUAUUUGUAGUCUGUAAUUACUAGUUGCCACGGAAUUAGUCACUUGUUUCAUAAGCUAAUAUUAAAAAACAAGAACUUUUUAUUACAUGGAAGACGAAGGAAAAAUUUUUUAUAUCUACUAGUCUUUAAUAUACUUUGUCUGCGUGCUUGGAAUAUGUUAUUCGAUUAGCUUAAAAGUAAUACUUUCAUAUAUAUAUAUAUAUAUAUAUAUAUAUAUAUAUAUAUAUGUAAGUACAUACAAACAUCGUCAUCUUAACCGUUAUCUGUCCAUUGCUGCAUCAUUUCGUAAAACUAUGUAUGUAUUAUAUGGUAUAUAGAAAAAGGCCGGAUUAAAUCGAAGCAUUUGGUGUUUUAUUGUGUCUGCCUACACUAAUGUCUAUCCCAUUCACAAGGGGUGGUUUAAAAGAAAAAAAAAAAAACAAGUUGGAUAGCCUCUAAAGUUUAACUGAAAAGUUGUAAAAUUAAAAAUAUGCAUAUUAAUUAAAUAAGUAACAAAAUUAAAAGUUCAGACAGGUUUGUUUGCCAUUUUCGUGGUAUAAAAAAAGGUAAUUUUAUAUGGGAAUCGUUACUUAGUGUUACUGUUAAUAGAUGGCGCUGUAGGUCAUGCGAAGUUCACCGGGUCAUCUAGUUCAUAAGAUUGAUAUAGAAUUAUAGAUUAUUGUUGUUUGCUAAUUGUGGCAAAUGUUGCAAAACAGAUAAGUUGUAUAGGUAAAUGGGUACUGUUCUAGUUAAAAAUUGUUUUUUUUUUCAUACUUUAAUUUUUAUAGGCGACGGUUACCACUUACCAUCAGGUGGGCCGUCAGCUUGUUUGCAAUUCUAAGUUGUAUAAAAAAAAGGGCAAUAUUUGAGUACAGAGUGAAAAUGAAAUCACCUAUAUGGGAUAAAAUUUGAUAACCUACCCGCGUAUUAAAUUUUAUCCCAACCAAGUAGUUUUUCCAUGAAAGAGUUACAAAAAUCUAUCCAUCUUUACAAAUUUUUGCAUUUAUCUACACUAAUAUUAUAAAGAGGAAAGAUUUGUAUUUUUGUGUGUAUGUAUGUUUGUAAUGAAUAAACUCAAAAACUAUUUUGCCGAUUUCAAAAAUUCUUUCACCAUUAGAAAGCUACAUUCACCCUGAGUAACAUAGGCUAUAUUUAUGCUGUGGUCUCUUGGGAAACCUUGGCAGGGGCGAUAAGCGAAAGGUACGUACCAUUGGACGGUGAACAUCCCAGAAUGCCCUCUCCUGGCUGUCCAGCACUUUACGCUCCAAUUUAUCGCGUUUUUUAUCCACCUGUAGCAAGAGAGAAUUUUUUUAUUCGAUUCAAUUAUAUCUACACUAAUAUUAUAAAGAGGAAAGAUUUGUAUUUUUGUAUGUAUGUUUGUAAUGAAUAAACUCAAAAACUACUUUGCCGAUUUCAAAAAUUCUUUCACCAUUAGAAAGCUACAUUCACCCUGAGUAACAUAGGCUAUAUUUAUUGCUAGAUAAGAUAAGCGAUCUUUACUAAAACUUUAGUAACGUAACUCAAGGUGUAAAAAAAUUGCUAUAAAAUAUCUUUGGUCGCGUGCGCUGCGGAAACUUUUGGUGAUAGAACAAAAGUAUGUUCUACGAUAUUGAAGGAAAUAUCGAUAACUACAGAAAACUUCACGAUACUAUAUGUCCAACUAUUAUCGUUAUGUCACAAUAACCGCUUUUUAAAACGUUGUAAAAAUGUCCACACGUGCGAAGCCGGGACGGGCCGUUAUUUAUAUUAUCUCUAAUAUAUAAAAUUCUCGUGUCGCGGUGUUUGUUACCAAACUCCACCGAAACGGCUUUACCGAUUUUCAUGAAAUUUUGUGUGCAUAUUGGCUAGGUCUGAGAAUCGGCCAACAUCUAUUUUUUACACCCCUCAAUGAUAAGGGUGACAUACCCCUAAAAAUUUUUUUUAUAUUUUUUGACAAACUUUUUAAUUUUUAUUUAAAUAUGAUUUAGCAUUGAAAAAUACAUACAACAUCAAAUUUUCACGCUUUUACGAUCAACCAUUGUUUUUUAACCGCGAUUUUUAUAUUCCGCAAUAGGGUUGCAAGAUGACCAGCGAAUAUAAUAAUUGUAGUACGAUAUAUUUUCAUGUAUAGUUCUAGAAAUAAUGUAUAUGGUAAAACAACGUUUGCCGAGUCAGCUAGUAAUCGUAUAAAAUGUAUUUAUUAAUUAUUUUAACUAUUUGCUGUACUAUAAUUAUCUUAUCUGAAUAACUUUUUUAAUCUAAAUUCCUUUAAUUGAGUAACAAACAAUGAAUGGGCAAAGAUCACAUUACAAUUGUCUUUUUAAUAUAAACUAGUACAUUACUGCAGCGGCCAGCAACUGAGGCAUUGAUGGACGAUCGUGCAAAUGUGGGCCGAGGCGUAGCCGAGGCACACAUACGUAAGUCCAUCAAUGCCUAGUUGUGGCCAAGGCUUGUAUAGUACUUUUCUCAAACAAUGCGCGGAAAUCAGAAACACAAUUUUACUUUUUAAGUUCAAUGACGAAUAACGAACAGUAAUAAUUUUUUACGCGCCAUAAUGUUUUUUUGCUUUUUUUUUCAAUAAACAGCUUUCUAUUUGUAAGCCAGUUCGAAAUUUAAAUAAAACCUUUUAUUAGUUACCUCCUUGGUAGCCAUGUUUCGAAGGAAAAGGUCAUUCCAUUUUUAAAUUACAGGACAGAUAUGAGUUUACAUAGUAAUUUAUCUGGCCGCAAAACACGACAGAUAUGGAUUUUCAUGCAACUUUUGCCGGCCGCUGCCCGCAUGUAUCUGGCCAGUACGGCAAUUUUGAUUUAUCUCGAAAAAGCUUGUCAAAAUAAUGCUCACAUUUCCAAGCAUGUUUGAGAAAAAGAUGUUUAUUUAUUUAUAUGCGUUUAUACAUUCACUUCAUCAUCAUCAUACCAGCCUUUAACUGUCCACUGCUGAACAUAAGCCUCCCCCUUGGGAGGGCUUUGCCAGUAGUUGCCACGCUUGGCAGGCGGAUUUGCAACCGCAGUCGGGCUUUCAAAUUGGUUAAGACGUUUCUGAGAUUAGCGUACACAAACGUAUAGACAAAAAGACAAAUUCUAAAAAUCAUUGUUAUGGGUUCUAUUGCCUUCAUAAAGCCCCCCCCCCCCCCCCUUAUAAAUAGUUUUUCUUAUACAUCUUCCACGUACAGACAGCGACCAGUUACGAUUUUAUUAUAUGUAUUGAUUGAUAUUACUGGUAAGCCCGUGUCCGUGUAACCCUCACCAGAGGGAGACUUUGUACAAAAGUCGUUUGCUUGACCACCUCUGUCCCAUUCGUGUUUCUACCGUGAAGCAGUCGCUUGCAUGCCUGUGUUUCGGUUUGAAGGGUGCGAUAUGGCAGUGAAUUACAGGGUACAGAGGAAUAACACCUGAUUGCUCGGGAAUGGCAACGCAUUGGGGGUGUCAUGGGCGAAACAGUAUACUCUGUUAUGUCCAUGGUAUUGUUCAUGUCUAUAGGCGACGGUAAUCACUUUCCAUCAGAUGGACCGUCAAAUUGUUUGCCAUUCAUUGCCAAGUUGUAUAAAAAAAAAAAGCAUACAGCCCGUCUGAUUGUAAACGGUCACUGUAGCCGAUGGGCGCCUGCAACACUAGGGGCGUCACGUGCGCGUCGCCGACCCUGAAGAAACGUUCAUAUAUCCAUUUUGAAAAACCCCAUACUGUAGUCUCUAGGGGCAACCUCUUUUUAACAGUACAGCUAAACAUGGGUGGUGGUGGGAAAGGGAUCGUUAGCAAUGGAGUUUGACAGCCCCAUUGCUAGCAAUAUGCCUUAUUAGGUCGACCUCCACGUGGUUCCCCCUGGAAACCAUCGUGAACAAUUCUUGUUGAAUUCGUCACGAUGGGCUAACCGACCUACUUCAUCCUCACCUAUCAUUCUUCACUGGUGCCCCGCCGGUGUAUACCGAUAGCGCGGGUUGUUACCAUUCCAUUAUCAUCCAUUAAAAAAAAGAGCAUGUAUUUAGUAUUCAGUGCAGCCUAUACUCAACUUGUCAGACAAACAACGGUUAUAUUAUUAGUAUUACAGGGAGUACGCUCGUUUGAAAAAUAAGUAUUGCCAAAACAUGCUGCUUCCAAGUAAUACCCAUUAGCAUGAGUAUUUUUACAGAAAUAAAUAAAAAAAUUUACGAUGUUCUCGCGAAUUGAAAUGCUUUAUUGUUGUCUAGAGACUGCUUUAUUGUUUCGCAAUAUUGUAUUUUUUUUUAAUGGAAAAAAAAUUACAUUCAAAUAUCGUCUCGUAACAUAUUUGCAUGGCUGUGUUUCGGUUUGAAGGGUGGGAUAUGGCGUGAAUUUAAUGGGUACAGAGGAAUAACACCUGAGUCCUUAGGAAUGGCAACGUAUGGGGGAUAUCAUGGAUAAAACAGUAUACUCUGUCAACAGUAAACUAUAAAAAAAAAUUAAAAAAAAUGCGAAUUGAUUUGACUUCAUAUUAACGAUUUUAUACAUAACAGGAUACAGUCGAAAUUAUAUAUUAUAUAUUAUUCCCAAAGAGGGUUGACGUCAGGCAGGUCGUAAAACUAAAAGCUAAAUCAUUUUUUGUAAUAUGGAUAAAAACAUUACGCCGACCCCAUAUAAUGAUUGGAAUAUGGGUAGGAAGAUAAUGUUGAUGAUGAUGAUGAUAUAUAUAUAUAUAUAUAUAUAUAUAUAUAUAUAUAUAUAUAAAUUCAAAUUAAAUUAUUUUUAUUCAAAUAAACAAGCAUAUUUAAAUAAGUUUUAUGACUUUUCUGUAUACAGCUUUCUUGUUUUUGAAUGAACCUCCUUGUUUUUGAAAGAACCUCCUUGUUUUUGAAGACACAUGAAAAACAAGAAGUUCUCAAUUCGAUUUGUAACUGAAAUUUGUAAUUAAUUUAUUUUAAUUUGUUUUUCAUCUAAAAAUAUAUAUACGCAUAGUUUACAGCCAUAAAAAAUUUAUCAAAAUUGAUUAAACAGUUUUUAAAUAAAAACCAAUGCUUUGUGCUACAAAUGAAGUAUUUUUUUUUAUAUAUAAAACACAAUUUCAAUAACAACCAAGCUUUGUUUCAAUCAGUAAAGUGAUUCCAAGGUGUUAUCAUGGCCUCUUUAUAAGUAUUAAGAAAUCAGACAUAAUUAUGCAGUUUUAUAAUUGCAAAUUGCAUGUGAUUUGCAUGUGUACGUGUUACAUAAGGUUUACACUGCAUUAAUAAGAAAUAUAUAAUUGGUUAAAUAAAUUAUAUAACUACUGAGCAAGUUUUUUUAUGCAACUUAGAAUAGCAAACAAGCUGACGGCCCACCUGAUGGAAAGUAGCAACCGUCAUCUAUAGACAUCAGCAGUACCAUGGACAUAACAGAGUAUACUGUUUUACCAUGCGUUGCCAUUCCUGAGGACUCAAGUGUUAUUCCCCUGUACCCUGUAAAUUCACUGCCAUAUCCCACCCUUCAGACCGAAACACAGCCAUGUAAAUAACUGCUUCACGGUAGAAAUACGAAUGGGACAGAGGUGCCCAAGCAAACGACUUUUGUACAAACUCUCCCUCUGGUCGAAGGUGUAUAGGUAAUGUAGUUAUAUUUGUAAUCGCAUUUAAACUAUGUACCUAAUAAAUAUAUAUCUAAUAUUUGGCCUAUAUGUAAUUGGUGAUAAAACAUACCUAUCUAUGUUUUUAAUGACCAAAAACGUUAUCUCUUUUGUAAAUAUAGUGAUUAGAUAUAAAACAAUUCAAAUAUGAGCAAUUGAAAACUUGAACCCCAAAAAAUAAAAUUAAUUAUUACAUUUAAUUAAUAAUUAUUUCCUAUUAAUUAAUUAUUUUCAAUCAAUUAAUUUAUGUCAGUAAAUGAAUUAUUUUAAACCAAUUAAUUAUUUUUAAUCAGUUAGUUUCAAUUAAUUAAUAGGUUCAAUCAAUCGAUUAGUUUCAAUUAAUUAAUUAUUUUCAAUUAAUUAGUUUACAUUAAUUAAUUAGUUUCAUUUAAAUAAUUAAUUUUAAUUAAUUAUUUCCAAUCAAUUAUUUAGUAUCAAUCGGAUAAUUAUUUUCUCUCACUGCAUUGUGUUGGCUGGAAGAGAUCUCUUUCAGAAAUAAGCCCACUCUUGCUAAUAAGCUGUUAAACUAAUUGCUGUAUUUUUUGGUCAAGUGUAAUAAAGAAUAAUAUAUAUAAAAUAUUUUUGAAAUAUACUUUAGCGGACGGUGAUGGUAUGGUAACCCCGCCUGCGCUAACGGUAUACGCUGGCGGGGCACCAGUGAGGAAUGAUAGGUGACGAUGAAAAGACAGGUCAGUUAGCCCAUCGUGAUGAAUACACCUGGAAUCUUGAUUUCAGGUGAAUUCAUCACUAUGGGUAUACUUAGGGGCUUAUAUCACGGUUUCCAGGGUGGACAGGGUUAUUAUUAACAUUACUAACAAUACCCCCCCCCCCUCUAUUGAUAUUUCGUUACAUUAUUGGUGUUCAAUUUAUUUAUUGAAUGAAUUCAUCUAGAAUUAAGUACCAUGGUUUAUAAGGGUAACCGCGAGGAGGUCGACCUGACAGGGUUAUUAUUAACAGUACUAACAAUCCCUCCCACGCCCUCUAUUGAUAUUUUGUUAAUUUAUUGGUGUGGGAUUUAUUGAUUGUUUUGUUUAAUGAGGUGUCGGAUUCGAUUCCCAGUCAGGCCAUUUUAGGAAAGGAUCUUUCCAGAAUUGUUUCGGGUAUGAGUGUUCUGGGUAGGCAUCGGUGAUAUUGGUACUGCUUUAAUAUCUAUAUAUUGGGGUUUUUUAAGCAUUUAUGGCAGAAAAAAGGUCGUCACCCAUUUGGAUAUCGCCCAUAUCGGUCUGAUAUAUAUUUUCGAAUAUAUUAACAGUCUGUUAUCCAAUAUUAUUUUUUUCGGAUAACAGACUUUUAACAUAAUCGUUAUUGUACCUAGUAUAUAAUUUUUUAUACAACUUAGAAUGGCAAACAAGCUGACGGCCCACCUGAUGGAAAAUGGUAACCGUCGCCUAUAGACAUGAGUAGUACUGUGGACAACAGAGUAUGCUGUUUCGCCCAUGAUGCACUCCCCAUGCGUUGCCAUUCCUGAGGACUCGGGUGUUAUUACUCUGUAAAUUCACGCCAUAUCCCACCCUACAAACCGUAACACAGCCAUGCAAACACAACUGCUUCUGGACUCUGCCCCGAGAUGACCGUCUCUCAGUUUCGAUAGUCAAUAUCAGUCUUUGACCGAGUUCACAAAGUGAGAGGUUCUCCGUUCGGUUGUAUUUUUUCUAUGUUUGUCACCUCAUAACUCCGUCAGUUGUGAACCGAUUUGGAAAAUUCGUUUUUUUAUCUGAAACUGGUUUUCCCACAAAAGAAAAACACACCUGCAGUGCCUCUGGUGUUGUGGGUGAUCAUGGGCGGCGGUAGUCACUUACCAUUAGAUCAGCGGGGGGGAGGGAUUGUUAAUAAUAGACUAAAGGCCCCAUUGUUAGCAAUAUACCCAACCUGGUCGACCUCCACGUGGUCCCCCCUAGAAACCAUCGUGCUGAAUUCCAAGUGUAUUCGUCACGAUGGGCUAACUGGCCUGUCUUUUCAUCGUCACCUAUCGUCCUUCACUGGUGCCCCGCCAGCGUACACCGAUAGCGCAGGCGGGGUUACCAUUCCAUUAUCAUCAAUUAAAAAAAAACUAUCAGGUGAGCCGCAUGCUCGUUUGCCACCUGUGUUAUUUAUAAAAAAAAAAAAUUGAAGUCUGUUUUUUUUUAGAACAUAUAUCUAUAAGAAUCUUUAUAUCUUCCAUUAUUGUCAUCUAACUUCCAUUUUUUUUAAAUUUAGAUAUAUAAAAAAUUAUAACCUUUUUUUUAUAUAUUUUAUAUUUAUAUCGCAUUUGUUGCUAUGAAUUUUAAAUAAAAAAAAAGUUUAAUAAACCCGCAAGAAACUCAACAGUGACUCUUGUUGUUUGUUUUUUUUUAAUUCUAUUUUCAAAACUAAAGCGUAUCAAAAUUAUAAUGUCCCAAUAAUAUAUUAUGUUUUUGUCUCAUUGCGGUCGAUUCUGAGGCGUCGUUUCUCUCAAUCUAUUUUUAAAACAACAAUUUGAUAUCUUAAAGAAACAUUAAUGCUUAGGAGCUAUACAAUCUAGAUUUCUAAUAAGUUUAAAACGAAUUAAAUGCCGGCAGCACACCUGCAAUGCCGCUGGUGUUGCGGGUGAUCAUGGGCGGCGGUAGUCACUUACCAUCAGGUGUGCCGCAUGAUCUUUGCCACCUGUGUAGUAAAAAAAAAAUUAUAAAUUUAGUUUAUAAUAGUCUACAAAAACAGUAUUUUUUCAUAACUAUCAAAUAAAUAUAUCAAGGUUUAGAUAUCUUCCUCAGGAAUGGCAACGCAUGGGGGGUAUCAUAGGCGAAACAGUAUACUCUGUUAUGUCCAUGGUACUGCUCAUGUCUAUAGGCGACGGUUACCACUUUCCAUCAGGUGGGCCGUCAGCUAGUUUGCCAUUCUAAGAUGCAUAAAAUUUUUUUAGAGAAAUGAUGUCUCAUAUCGAGUCUAUUGUUAUAGUUUUUUUUUCUUUAUUGUUUUAUCUUUAAAUAUUUAAUAUGGUAAGUUGAUAGUAUUGCAAUGUUUAAAAAUCAAUCGUUGUUUAUCUAAAAAUAAUGCUGUCUAAACAUAUGUCAUGAACAAUUCUUUAACCUUAUAUAAUAAGAGAGAUUGUGAUUAAUCAAAACUGUGUAAGUGUUUUCCUUUGCCUUAGUUGGGGGUUUUUUUUUUGGGUAGACUAAUUUAGUUUAGUGGUUUAGUAAUAAGUAGUUAUGUUUACUUUGUAACCAAAAACUAUUUUUAUUUUAUACUUACCAGUUAGUAGAUGUAUGAACGUUUAAUGUUAUCGAAUAAUGUGCGGUUAAUAUUUACAAAAUGUUAAAAUAAGAAAUCAUAUCACAUGUCAGUUGUAUAAUAUUACCAGAACCCACCUCUUUUUUUUCAAUUCGCGCCAUUUUGUUUCGCGCGUAAAAAGAAUUCAAGAUUUGUGCCAACAUAUUCCAAAUUUUUUCCAUUAUAUAUCAGCCAUUUUCAUACGAAAUAUGAUGCACAAGUUAUGCUGUUAAAAAGUGAUUUUUUCUCAUUCCAAAUUGUAUAAGAAAUAUUGCAAUAAGAUACAUAGAUUCCUAGUAUGCAUUUUUUUUUUAGUUUGUUGCUACAUUGGGUGGGAGAAGUGCCUUCAUUAUUUGUCUCCAGAAACUCAGUGUGUUAGUAGAAUUUAUAGUAGAUUUGAACUAUAUCAAAUGUAGCUGUAUGGCUAUAGGCCCUUUGUGCUGUCGAACGCAUAAUUAAAAAAAUAAUUACCCGCCAAAAUUAUGAGCCUAUGUAAUGGGGCAUAUAUGAACUGUCGCCAUUGUGAAUCUAUGAUUCCUUUAAUUAUGCACAAAUAACUAUUUUAGAUACUAGAAUUACUUCAAUUGUUAUUUGUAACAUCACAGUUAAAAAUAAUGUAAGUAAAUGUGUACAAUGUGAUAUAAUAAAUAUAAUACUUAUAAA